GAUGACAGGAGUCAAGUUGUUUCUCAUUCCCAAAGUUCACUCCCCCAUUUCAUAAAAAUUGAAUUAAUCGUAAAAAAUGAAGCAUUUCCAAUAAUGCGAAAAAUUCAGUGCAAUUGUUAAAAAUUGACUGAAGAUAAUCGCAAAUUUUAAACCAAAAAACGCGUCGUUCAAUUUCUGGGACAACAAAUUUUAGCAAAAAUCUUGGAAAACAGUGAAUUUUUGUCAAAUUAUCUCCCAGUGAAGUUAUUCCGUGCAAAUGUCGCAGUUUAACUACCUGAACUUGAUGUUUAUUAUUUCCCUCGUGUUGGGCGCAUACUGGUGUGUCGAGAGUGCACCGUUCCCAAAGACAAUAAGACUGUGCUCGAAGGGUCUCAGUGAUGCUCUUUACCUCGUCUGCUGGGGUCGCGGCUACAACGAACCCGUCCCCUACACCGGUGGCAGGCACUCCAAGCGGUCCAGGUCCUAUGAUACAGGACUCGUCGAGGAGUGCUGCCAUCAGUCCUGUAGUUUACAGCACCUCCAGCUGUACUGCAAACCACUCGCGUCUGGGGAGAAUUCGAAUGAGGGAAUCGAGGAAUCACUGAGGAUAGUGAACCUAUCGUUCUCACCGAGCCAGACAGUGUCUAUUGGGGGAGUGGCGAACGAACCGAUACAAAACUCAAUUGAAAGCUUCACUGAAGAAAGUCCCUAACUUCGUAAUCGGCACAAUUCUACCAGAACCAAAUGGCUCACUUGUACUAUUUCCUUCGAAAUCUCAUGCAGACUACUGUCGAGUUGCGCAUAAUUUUCCCCCGAUAUCAACAAGCUCGAAGUCACCCUGAGGAGGUCUGCAAUUAGCCCACAGACCCCCAAGAAUUCAGCAGAACCCGGGAAAAACUGAAUUCAGUCGGGAUCGUAUGGCUUCCAUGGUACAAGAGCAUGUUUCCCCAUCAAAAAUCCGUGAUAAAAUCGAGUGAAACACUGAACUUGAGUAAAUAUUUUGUGUAUAACACGCCACAACGUACUCCAUCGAUGUAUUUUCUUCAAAUGAAGAUACCAAAUACUUUAUUUUCGUUACUUUUACGGAUUCCUACGUUUGACGAUGCUGACUGAUCUCACUAGUAUUAAAUCGAUUUAUUUAAAUUAUUCAGAGGUGUCAGUGACAGGGUUUUUUUAAAUAAAAAUAUUGAAUAAAAAAUAA